AGUCUGCUGAAGGUGAGGGUCAUGGAUUUUAUCACCUCUACGGCCAUCCUGCCCCUGCUCUUUGGCUGUGUGGGAAUCUUCAGCCUCUUCAAGCUGCUGCAGCGGAUGCGAAUGAAGGCCUACCUCCGGAACGCUGUGGUGGUCAUUACAGGCGCUACCUCAGGCCUGGGGCGAGAAUGCGCCAAAGUCUUCUACACUGCAGGUGCCAGGCUGGUGCUCUGUGGCCGGAACCGGGAGGCCCUGGAAGAGCUCACCAAAGAACUUGCUGCCUCUCUGGCCACCAAGGUGCAGACACACAAGCCUUACACGGUGGCCUUUGACCUUGCGGACCCUGGGGCCAUAGUUGCAGCAACAGCUGAGAUCCUGCAGUGCUUCGGCUACGUGGAUGUGCUCAUCAACAAUGCUGGCAUCAGCUACCGAGGCGCCAUUGUGGACACUACCCCAGACGUGGAUAAGAAAGUCAUGGAGACAAACUACUUUGGCCCAGUUGCUCUAACGAAAGCACUCCUGCCCUCCAUGAUCAAAAGGCGACAAGGCCAUAUUGUUGCAAUCAGCAGCAUCCAGGGCAAAAUCAGCAUUCCUUUCCGAUCAGCAUAUGCGGCCUCCAAACAUGCAACCCAGGCAUUCUUUGACUGUCUUCGUGCCGAGAUGGAACAGUAUGAGAUCGAGGUGACUGUCAUCAGCCCUGGCUACAUCCACACCAACCUCUCCGUAAAUGCUGUCACUGCUGAUGGGUCCAAAUACGGAGUUAUGGACAAGACCACAGCCCAAGGCCGAAGCCCCGUGGAGGUGGCCCGAGAUGUUCUGGCUGCGGUGGGGAAGAAAAAGAAAGAUGUGAUCCUGGCCGACCUCCUGCCUUCCUUGGCCAUUUAUCUGCGAACUCUGGCUCCUGGGCUCUUCUUCAGCCUCAUGGCCUCCAGGGCCAGAAAGGAGCGGAAAUCCAAGAACUCCUAG